GACAUAUGUAUAUUUAUGCAUGUACAUAUUUGCAUUGGUAGGACUACAAGCAGGACCAGCAAGGCUUUUUAGACUUUUUUUUUUUAAUCAAUAGACUACUUCGUUCGGAAGCUUCUAUACAACGGCCACCAAGAUUGCGCUGCUGCUGCCGCCGCUGUUAUCACAACUCAUUGCCGGUCCGAAGAUGGCAACUUUAACAAAUGGACAGGUGGACGGCACAAACGGGCUAGUGAACGGAUUAAGCCACAGCCACAGUUCAGCGGGCUGCGGGGGCACCAUCCCCAUGAAGGACCACGACGCCAUUAAACUGUUCAUCGGGCAAAUACCGCGCAACCUGGACGAGAAGGACCUCAGGCCGCUCUUCGAGGAGUUCGGCAAGAUCUACGAGCUCACGGUGCUCAAGGACCGCUUUACGGGCAUGCACAAAGGCUGUGCCUUCCUUACCUACUGUACCAGAGAGUCGGCCCUGAAAGCUCAGAAUGCCCUCCACGAGCAGAAGACCCUGCCAGGGAUGAACAGGCCUAUCCAGGUGAAGCCUGCGGACAGCGAGAGUCGAGGAGAAGACAGAAAACUCUUUGUGGGCAUGCUCAACAAGCAGCAGUCUGAAGACGAUGUGCGAUGUCUCUUUGAGUCCUUCGGCAGCAUUGAAGAGUGCACCAUCCUUAGAGGUCCUGAUGGAAACAGUAAAGGUUGUGCGUUUGUAAAGUACUCCUCUCACGCUGAAGCUCAGGCAGCUAUCAGUGCACUACACGGCAGCCAGACAAUGCCUGUGAGUUCAGUAUUCAAUAUGGGUGCAUCCUCAAGUCUGGUGGUGAAGUUUGCCGACACAGAUAAGGAGCGCACCAUCCGGCGCAUGCAGCAGAUGGCUGGUCAGAUGGGUAUUUUCAACCCCAUGGCCCUGCAGUUUGGGGCCUACGGAGCCUAUGCACAGGUGCAGCAGCAGCAGGCAGCAUUGAUGGCGUCAGUAGGGCAGGGGGGCUACCUAAGCCCCAUGGCAGCCUUUGCCGCUGCACAGAUGCAGCACAUGGCCACCAUCAACGGCCUCCCAGGGGGGCACAUGACCCCCACGUCAGGUGGCAGUACCCCCCCUGGUAUUGGCGCCCCCACAGUGACCAGUAUCCCCUCGCCCAUCAGUGUGAAUGGUUUCGCUGGGAUGCCCCCACAUCAGACCAAUGGGCAGCCCACUGCCGAAGCUGUGUAUACCAACGGGAUACACUCCUAUCCUGUGUUGCAGGAGGUGGUUUUUAGAGAGGACUCUGAGAAAAACGGUUUGGCUCAGCGGAGUUGUUUUGGAGUUCAGGGUGGCUGCUUCCUCUCUUCUCUCUCUGAAGCUCAGAGUCCCACUGCAGCAGAUCACCUACAGCAGGCUUACACAGGAGUCCAGCAGUAUGCAGCAGCCUACCCUGCUGCAUAUGGCCAGAUCAGCCAGGCCUUUCCCCAGCCUCCUCCCAUCAUCCCACAACAGCAGAGAGAAGGGCCGGAGGGCUGUAACCUGUUCAUCUACCACCUCCCUCAGGAGUUUGGGGAUGGCGAGCUGAUGCAGAUGUUCCUGCCUUUCGGUAAUGUCAUCUCCUCCAAAGUGUUUGUGGAUCGGGCGACAAACCAAAGUAAAUGCUUUGGAUUUGUGAGCUUCGACAACCCAGGUAGUGCCCAGGCUGCCAUCCAGUCAAUGAACGGCUUUCAGAUCGGCAUGAAGAGACUCAAGGUGCAGCUCAAGAGGCCGAAGGACGCCAACCGCCCCUACUAGCCACUCCUAGCCACCCCUGCCCUGGGGGAUAAGGCAGAUGUUGCACACAGGGAAACACAGGUUUUUGUUGAGCUGGAACAUAUGUUGAUUACAUGAACAACGCCAUUGAACUGACGGAUCACCGGGACACAGGUAUUCUUUGAGGCUGGUAUGAAACUGGAUCAGAUACUUGGCUGAACAUGAACAAAUAGAUGACCAAGUAACAGAAAAUUCUGUUGGAUGUACCUUUUGGACCUCAGAGAAAACUCCUGCAGGCCUGGGUAGCUCCAGGGCUCCGACUGUCUUUAUUGCCUCCCCUCCUCUCUCUCUCUCUCUACCUAACCACACCUGAACGACAGCUACCUUACAGGACCACAAGUGAGGAAUUAUUAAAAAAAAAAAACACGGAACAGGAUGGAGGAAACAUGGAUAAUAAGAGUUCCAAGAAUUAAACAAACUUUGAAAAAUACUUUAUGGGGGAAUGCCAUAGGAAAUCUCUAUGUAAAUGUGUUUGGGUAUGGGGAAACAACUUUUUAAAGAACAAUUUUACAGGACUAGAAACAAACAAAAAAAUGUUUCUCAGAAGAAAGAGAACUUUGUAGGGAAAGCGAUAUUUCAUCUUUAGCUUGGAGUGCCUGUCUGUUUCCAGGGGACACCGUUGGCAAGGAGAGCCAGAGCAACGGUCUCCAGGGAGUCUUACCUGUCAUUCCUUAGUUGUUUUAGGGACCAAAAGACCAAACAUUUUUAUUGCUGAGGACUUGUAGCUCUAUUAAUAUACUCAUACCACUGUAUCUCUUUUAAAUCGCUGUUAACCGAUUAAAGAGUUGCAUUUAAAAGGUGUACUGUGUGUGUGUGUGUAUAUAUAUAUAUACACACACACACACACACACACACACAGUACACCUUUUAAAUGCGUGUGUGUGUGUGUGUGUGUGUGUAUAUAUACACACACACACACACACACACGUAUACAUACAUAUAUAUUGCUGAUAUGCUUUUUGAAUACAGCCAAAACUAUUUCUGAUGACCGGUGGGGUCGCUCACUUCACUAGUUUACAAUUAACUAUUCAAAAUGUUAAUUUUUCCCCCCUUCUCAUUUUCUCUUGGGGGAUGAAAUGGAGAGUGCAUGGGAAGGUUUGUUCCAUAUUGCAGCCUUACCUUUUCUAACAUGAAAUCCUAACCUCAUAGUUAAAACAACAUAAUAAUGUUUUGAAAUAUAUGAACUUGUUUAUAUUUGCAGUACAUAUACAGUACCAGUCAAACGUUUGGACACACCUACUCACUGUAGGGUUUUUCUUUAUUCUUACUAUUUUAUACAUUGCAGAAUAAUAGUGAUGACAUCAAAACUAUGAAAUAACACAUUUGGAAUCAAGUAGUAACCAAAUAUGUUAUAUUUGAGAUUCUUCAAAGUAGCCAACCUUUGUAUUGAUGACAGCUUUGCACACUCUUGGCAUUCUCUCAACCAGCUUCAUGAGGUAGUCACCUGGAAUAUAUUUCAAUUAACUGGUAUGCCUUGUUAAAAGUCAAUUUGUGGAAUUUCAUUCCUUCUUAAUGCGUUGAGCCAAUCAGUUGUGUUGUGACAAGGUAGGGGUGGUAUACAGAAGAUAGCCCAAGUCCAUAUUAUGGCAAGAACAGCUCAAAUAGGCAAAGAGAAACAAAAGUCCAUCAUUACUUUAAGACAUGAAGGUCAGUCAAUUCAGGAAAUGUCAAGGACUUUCAAAGUUUCUUCAAGUGCAGACGCAAAAACCAUCAUGCACUAUAAUGAACCUGUCUCAUGAGGACAGCCCCAGGAAAGUGAGGAUAAGUUCAUUAGAGUUAAUUGUACCUCAGAUUGCAGCCCAAAUAAAUGCUUCAGAGUUCAAGUAACAGACACAUCUCAACAUCAGCUGUUCAAAGGAGUGUGUGUGAAUCAGGCCUUCGUAGUCAAAUUGCUGCAAAGAAAUCACUACUAAAAGGACACCAAUAAAAAGAAGAGACUUGCUUGGGCCAAGAAACACGAGCAAUGGACAUUAGAUGGGUGGAAAUCUGUCCUUUGGUCUGAUUUUUGGUUCUAACUGCCAUGUCUUUGUGAGACACAGAGUAGUUUUUAUUUUUUUAUUUCACCUUUAUUUAACCAGGUAGGCUAGUUGAGAACAAGUUCUCAUUUGCAACUGUUGAACGGAUGAUCGCCGCAUGUGUGGUUCCCACCGUGAAGCAUGGAGGAGGUGUGAUGGUUUGGAGGUGCUUUGCUGGUGACACUGUCAGUAAUUUAUUUAGAAUUCAAGGCACACUUAACCAGCAUGGCUACAGCAGUCUGCAGCGAUAUACCAUCCCAUCUGAAUUUUCGCUUAGUGGGACUAUCAUUUGUUUUUCAACAGGACAAUGACCGAAAAUACACCUCCAGGUUGUGUAAGGGCUAUUUGACCAAGAAGGAGAAUGGAGUGCUGCAUCAGAUGAUCUGGCCUCCACAAUCACUGACCAGCAACCCAAUUGAGUGAACAGUGAAAGAAAAGCAGACAAGUUCUCAGCAUGUGGGAACUCAUUCAAGACAGUUGGAAAAGCAUUCCUCAUGGAGCUCGUUGAGAGAAUGCCAAGAGUGUGCAAAGCUGUCAUCAAGGAAAAGGGUGGCUACUUUGAAGAAUAGAAAAUAUAAAAUAUAUUAUGAUUUGUGAAACACUUUUUUGGUUACUACAGGUGUGUCCAAACUUUUGACUGGUACUGUAUAUGUAUAACACACAAAGCUAAUGUAUUCAUAUAUAUAUAUACACAUAUAUACAGUAUAUAUGGAUAAAGAUAUUAAUCAAAAUAAGAUAUGUAUUUAUAUGCACAUAUUUUAUGUAUGUGUGUCUGUAUAUAGAACUGAAUUAGAAUUGACUAUGUUGUAAUUUUUUUGUAGAUUUUAGCUGGAGUUUAAAACACUGCUGUGCUUAGGGUGAGGCGCAAAUCUGGCAGCUCCCAAAACUGCAGUCAUUCCUCUCUCUGAAAAACUAUACAUGCUGAUACACACGUAUUUCUAAAUAUAUGUGUGAAGCACAGGAGGAUGGUGGCACCUUAAUUGGGGAGGAUGGGCUCUUGGUAAUGGCUGGAGCGGAAUCAGUGGAAUGCAUCAAACAUGGUUUCCAUGUGUUUGAUGCAAUUUAAUUCCUCCGUUCCAGCCAUUAUUAUGAGCUGUCCUCCCCUCAGCAGCCUCCACUGGUGUGAAUAUUCACAUAUUUAGGUGUACAUACUAUUUGAAAAUGCAAAAAAGCCAUUUCUCAGUAGCAGGCCUCAAAGAGAAAUCAGGCUAAAUUAAUAUUAGAGGUAAAGGACAAACAUCUUCGACUCGAUUCCAAACCUAUCUUUUUAACUUCACAGUACACUACACAAACUUGAACAUGUACAAACUAAGUGUGCUCUUUGAAACUUUAACCAAAAUAAAUUAAUACCAUUACCUUUUCGCUCUCUUAAUUGCAUUCAGUAAGUAAGUGCAUAUAGCGUAUGGGCUGUCACCACAGGUGUGCCUUGUCACCUGCAGAAUCUGCCAUCAAGCACUGUGCUCUCAAAACUAGGGUUGCAAAAUUCUUGGAACUUUCAAUACAUUUCCUAGUUUUCCUGGAAUAAGAAGGGAAUAAGCAGGACAUCCAGAAUCCUCCAAACAGGAUUUCUGGAAAACCAGGGACUUUAUUGAAUGUUCCAGGAAUGUUGCAACCCUACUCAUAACACUACUGCAGGCAGCCAACGCACUAUGAUGAUGUCAAUACUGCAGUCACAUCAGUCAUGUCAUUUCACAUCUCCAUAGAGAGCUUUAGCAAAGCAUGUUAAAGCUAACAAAUCGUUCAGAUGUUAAGACCAUCAAUGUCCUCACAAACAUCCAUAAAGUACCAUAAACUACUUGGACUAGCAUUAAGUACUUGGACAAUCACAGACUAAUUGUGAUGUUUAUUUGUCAUUACACUUUCUAUCAAAGUGGGCAUUAUGUACUCUCCGCUAGAAACAGGUACUAACUAAAGGGAGUGCUUGGAAAUGCUGUGCAAGUAUAAGAAACCUUGAGGCUGGGUUCCAUUAGGUUUGAUCUAAAUUAAAUUGAUGAUAAGAGGUUAAAUGCCUGACAUUGCGAAUUGUAUGGUUAUAACUUAUUUGUGAAGUUUCAUGAUGUUAAAACAAAUUGCAGAUCUAGAAAAGUGUUUUUUCUACUGUACACAAAGAAACCAGGAAGUAUUUUUUAAAUGUGAACAGCCAGCACCAAUUCAGUCAUUGUUGUAUGGAGCUCUGUAACGGUUUCUCGCCACACCAUUCCAGUGCCCGCGUCUAACCUUUCCUAACAGACAAGGAUGUAGUGGUAAAUAAAAGGUGGGUAAACACUGAACGCCGGUCGAGACUGCCAGGCAGAUCCCAACGCCAAUAACACUGUUAAUUUAACAGUGUUAAUUUAGGGCACUAGGUGCAUAACCGCUAAACAUCAUAUCAAAACUGUUUUUACCUGCAACUAGUCUCUACUACAUCCCUGCAACAAGGUCCAUCUCACCCUGUCCCCCGGAUGCAAACAGGCCUAAAACUCUCCUUGACAUAUCCAUAUUUUGUUGGGUUUGUCAAGUCAAGCGUUUCUAAAACACCUCUCCCCAUUAUUUAUCAAGGGUCAACCCUAUUUUGAGCUCUUGAGAUAUUCCCAUUGGCAUCGAUCAAUUUAUGAUUUACUUGAAAUUCAAAGUUUUAUGAGCAUCUAAAGUUAGGAUUUGAAUCCUAAGUCACUUCAAUGUAUCUCCCCUCUGUUUUAGAAAAGAGGCCUUCACUUCUCUCCAUACCAGCUUUUACUCAGCUCACUCUCUCUCCCUCCUUUCAUGUACACUUUCCCCUUGAAAUUCAACCCUUACUCACUAUUUUGUUCUGUUUUGUCUUAUUUCCCUGCUUGCUCCCCUCUCUCUGCUUAGUUUCAACCCGAACUCCAAGACCUGAGAGUACUGGAUAGGUGUCAGCAAUAUCAUGGAAACUCCCUUAGCCUUUCAAAUAGGCUAUAGAUCUAUUAGUGCGUUUCAUAGACAUAUCCCAAUGUUUUCUAAUCGAGCAAAUGAAGACAGAGGAAUGACUGGAAUUGAGCACCUCUUUCACAAGCUCGAACUUUCAGCUGCAACUGUUUACAUAUACAUCGAGAGAACAGUGGUUAAAAAACAAAUGAGAAACUAACAGAAGUUUGAAUAUAAAUAUCUAUAAAUAUAUACAUAAACCGAUGAAUAUACUGUAAAUGCUUUUGUUGCUCUGUUUUCCUCUGUACAUAGGUUUGCAUAUUUUAUAGGAAUUUUACUUCUAUCUACAAGGACUGAAUAAAAAUCAACUUUAAAUACUUAAAAAAGAUGAACGAAAACAUACAAGAAAUGAAACCAGGUUUUUAAAAAGAGUCCAUAGGGAUAUGGUACAACUGUAGGGCCUGACCUAGGCAUUUAACCAGAAAAGUCAGGGAGAGCAUUGAACUCAGCAUAGACAUGCAUUGACCUUUUUAUACAAGUAUUUUGGGGUGUCUUUAAUUGAUUUAUUUACGUAUUUAUUACUUCUGUUUACAAACAAUACGAUAUGCAUGAUUUCAUGGCAUUAUUUUUUUUAUGAGUUGGUAUGUGACCAAAUAGUUUUUUAUAUUCACGUAUAGGCCUACAUUGUGGUACAUUGUUGACUACUGUUAUUGUCUACAGGAUCACGACUCCAACAGUUAACUGAGAAAGAGAUUAUGCUCAUAUUUGACAAUUGUUUUGUUAAGUAAUCUGAGGUUUUUCCGCUGUUCUUUUUCCAUUUGUGAUGCUGUUUUAUUCAAUAUCAGAGCUCUACUGUUCUACUUUAUCAUACCACACAUUACCCACAUUUAUUUAAAUGUGUGUCAACUGUUCAAUCUUCCUAGAUGAUUAUUGCUUAUAAGUCCAUUCAAAUUGCGGUAUAUUUGUAAAUGUUCACAUACAAAUUGAGAAUUCAGCUAAAUGUGGCAGCCUAUAGGCUGCAAUGACAAUAACAUGACAAUUUACUCUUUCAAAAUGUAAAUAAAUAUAACUAAACCUUUCCAGAAAAACAUCAAAACCUUGUUAGCUGUGAAUGUGUUCAACAAUUUGAAUGGACCUUUGCUGUUUUAUCAUUCCGUUUCAACACUGCUCUGCUGUUGACUGUCGAGGCUCUUGUAACACUUCAAAAUAUGGGAUAAUACAAUAUGGGAUAAUACAAUUAAAAUAAUUAUAAAUCCCACAUACAAUGUGUACCUUAUUUUGAGGUGUUAGGAGUUCUGUAUUAAUCAUGUUAUCUUUCUUUUUAAUGUCUUAUAGAGCUCUGGUGUUGUACAAGUGUUCAGUUCUAUCCAGGGUAAAACACCCAUCAAAAACUGCACUAUUUCAUCAAAUAUUGUUACUAAAUUUCUGAUCAUUUAGUCUACCUUCAAUGCUGUUAUGAAGGGUGUAUUCCUACAAGCUAGUGUUCUUAGGAGAAUAACAUUUACUUCUUCAAUGGAUUCAAAGGUAUUCUGAAGACAAUUUCAGCACAUGAAGGGGAUGGGGAAUUGAAUGUUACGUGUUGAGCUUUGCCAUGUCUGAGGUAGGCUUCUCAUUGAUUAAUGCGCUUUAGGCUCCCGCCCUCAUCUCUUCUCUGGUCCCUGGACUCUUUUGUAAUUUUAAUGAAUGAUGCGUCUCAGCUUAGCUCAAUAAUAAAGCACAGUCUAGAAUA